UCGUUGGAUACGCUACCAUCGCGCAUGGCGCAUGCGCGAGAAAAACGAGCGGUCUGCCGGUCCAUAACAACAUUGUGUGAAGUUUGUAAUAAAUAUAAUUUUGAUUAUAAGUCAGUGUAUUUCGAUAACUCUGAAAGUUUAGCUGCUAUAAUCGAAAAUGAGCAAAGCACAUCCACCAGAACUUAAGAAGUAUAUGGACAAGAGACUAUCCCUAAAAUUGAAUGGUGGUCGGACUGUUAUUGGGAUCUUGAGAGGUUUUGAUCCAUUCAUGAACAUGGUGAUAGAUGAGAGCAUAGAAGAAUGCAAGGAUGGCACUAAAAACAAUAUUGGAAUGGUGGUGAUUCGUGGCAACAGCGUAAUAAUGUUAGAAGCUUUGGAUCGAAUAUAAUGUAUGCUACUAGAAUAACCAUAUCUCUAAUAUGUAAAUUUUUAAAUAAACAUAAACAGCAUUUUUGUAAGAUAUAAUAA